UUGAAUUUUUAUUACAUGAAACGUUUCAGCUAAUGGAAUAGCCAUGAUCGAAACAUCAUCUGACGAGGAGCCAGACAAUAAUAAUGAUCGUUACAGUGAUACGUCUUCAUCAUCCAUAUCAUUUGGUUUAAUAAAACCGGAACAAUAUUUUCUCUUGAAAAAAUGGUCAAUUAUCAUAUGGACCGUGUCUACAGUGCUCAUACAAUUGUUUCAGCUAUUCGUUGCUCUUCGUAUGCCAGGAUCAUCGGCUCAAGAAUUGCAUAAACGAUUCUCUCGGAUUGCAAUUCAUUCCAUUCAGCGUUAUGUAGUUAUAUUGGCACUUUGUUCCAGUUUGACCGCCAUCUUUUUCAACACGAUUGGACUGUUGGCUGCCAUUAUCGAUAAUUAUAAUCUAACUUUUAUCUAUUUACUUUAUUCCAUUCUGGAUACAAUGUUCAUCAUGGUAAUUAAUUUUGAGAUCAGUUCAUAUUACCUAAUCACCUGUCUCAUUCAUUGGUCUAUGAUUGGCCUCAUCAUGCUUUAUCUGCUCGAUCUAUAUGAUCAAUUUGUUCCAAUAUUCAACAUAUGA